AUGCGCACCCGGCAUUUCACUGCCUGCGGGGCUAGACGUGAAUCUGGCGCUCAGUGCGAUCGUGGGUCGCGGGUCGUAAGGGAGGCGCGCUGCGCGGUCGUGGGUCGUGACGGCGCGAGCACCUUUCUCUCCGUCCCCAGGGCUGCGUGCGUCCUCCAGCUGGCGGAACUGGAGGGGGCUGUUCCAGCGGCACGUUCUCCAGCGGUGCUGUGGGAAGACCGCCUCGGAUACUGGUCCGUGAGCGCGGCACGGAUGCUGCACUUCCCCGUGCUGGGCGAGGCGGCGCCGCCCCCGCUGGCGCCCGGCGCCGCCCCCGCCACCCCCGCCGGCGCGGUGCCGCCUCCGCUGUCCGCCCCCGGGCCGCUGUCGACGGGUGGGCAGCGCCAAUACAACCUCCACCACCAUGGCUGCAGACACCACCACCAUCACCACCACCACCACAACCACAACCACGCGACGUCUCCGGCCCCCGGAGGCGGCGCCGGUGCCGGCGGGCCGUUGGAGGCGGCGUCACAGUCCGGGAGGCGGCGCUGCAGCUCCGUGGGCGGCGGGGGCGGCGGGGGCGGUCGCUGCCCCCAGCAGCAGGUGCAGCAGCGGCAGGCGGCCAACCUGCGCGAGCGGAGGCGGAUGCAGAGCAUCAACGACGCGUUCGAAGGGCUGCGCGCGCACAUCCCCACCCUGCCCUACGAGAAGCGGCUGUCCAAGGUGGACACGCUGAAGUUGGCCAUCGGCUACAUCAACUUCCUGAGCGAGUUGGUGGCGUCGGACCGUGCGGGGGCGGCAGGAGGCGUCGGCGGCGGCGCCGGGGGUGGACUCGGCGGUGGCGGGUUGCGCGGCGUGGGCCACGGCCCGCUGCGCGAUCAGCCCAAGAAGGUCAUCCUCAGGGGAGGCUUCGGCUGCCCGUUCACGGCGCAUUCACUAUCGUGGUCGAGCAGCCGGUCGGAGCGCACGCCCACCGCCGCCGGGCUGAUGUUCGCCAAGGUGUGGACCCCAGAGGACCCCAGGGCUGCCAGCAAGGCCGCCUCGGCUGUGCCAGCCGGCGACGCCCCCACGCCGGCGCCGCAGCGCUUCUGACACCAGGUCGCGGUUUCACACAUCCUCUGACUGAAUUACGGAGUGAAUCCUCGCGUCGCUGUGCAGUGCGGACUUGUUAUGUCACAACAGGCUGGGAGAUCACUGCAGAGACUGAAAGAAGUGGUCGAGUGCACACGCCAUCGGCAGUGUCGUUCACGGCCGUGGAUUCAGCUCACGUUAGCCCUGUGAGGGACAGUGCGCAUGCUGUUUCGGUAUACCGUCAUAAUAAAUUGUUCAGCUCUCUGUGUAAUGGAAGGGAUGUACCAAAGGAGAAAUAUUACAAAGGUCUUAUUGUGGCAGUGAAUGGCUAGCAGCCAGUGAAGAGAGAGAAGCAUCGUCUACAAACACUGAAAUCUCUAGUCACACGUACCGACAAAUUACCUAGGAUGUUUUGCUGCGUGAUCUGGCGUGUUCAGAAUUCAUUGUCUCCACUAGCUUGUUACUGAGCGGUCCCUAGAGUGGCUGACACAAAGAGUUUCCACAUCUACAUCCAUAUUCCAUGUACCACAUUAUAGUGUAUGAUGGAGGGUACUUUUAUUGCCGCUAUUAUUUCGCACCCUUUGCUCUUCCGUUCGCGAACGCCGCGUGGGAAGAAUGAUUGUCAGUAACCUUUCUGUAUGUCCUUUUUAUUAGUAUUGAGACUUUCCCCGUGUAUUUCUUAACUGUAAACUACUUUCAAUACAGUCAUAUUCAUGCAUUUGUCCAAGCCAGCAACCUUAUCGCAGUGGUAAUACCGGUCAGAUCACCGAUGUUAAGCGCUAUCGGGCUGGGCUAACACUUGGAUGGGUGACCAUCCGCUCUGCCGAACGCUGUUGGCAAGCGGGGUGCACUCAGCCCUCGUGCGGGUAACUGAGGAGCUACUUGACGGACAAGUAGCGGCUCCGGUCACGAAAACUGACAACGGCUGACCGUGUGCCCCUCCGUAUCCCCAUCCAUUGACGCCUGUCUGUGAGGAUGACACGGCGGCCGGUCGGUGCCGUUGGGCCUUCACGGUCUGUACGGACGGUGUUUAGUUUAUUUUACUUGUCUGUUCAAGGGCAGGUUGUGCUGCACCCUUAUUACCAUCAGGUGCUUCUCUCGCAUACUUUCCUACACGAGCUACAUGUCGUUAUGGCUGCUGCUGCCUAGCAACACGUUUAACCACGUAAAUAAGAAAGAAACAGUGGCGGCCGGUGCAAACUUUUACAAGUGUGCAACAAUAUUAUGAAAAGAAACAGAAAACAAAAUCAUAAAAAAUUUAUUACAAUAAAAACUAGUACUCCAGACAAAAAAUUGAAGUCUGGGACAAUUCUAGUGUCCGAUUCCACUCGGCGGCUUUGGGCAACGACGUCAGAGACGCCACAUAGAGGCAAUCUUUGAAAGCAACGGAUCGUAUUAGUAAACAAAUGAAUGUAGCACACGAUAAAAUUACAAACACAGUUCACGUGAUUAAUUACUUGGCCCCAAAUUAUACUGACAAGAACUAAAAGUAGCGAAAGGAAAUAAGAACGGAAAAAGAGAAGUAUACAAGUCUGAAAUAAAUUAUUAUCGUAAUUUAUGUGAGUAAGAAAAGCACAGAGAACCUUUACAUCUAGUACAGUUCAGCGCAUUGUGAAGCCAUAUUAUGAAUCAGGGUUAACUUUCAAUACUAAUUGUUAAAUCUAACGGGACGAGUACACAAGUGACGAAACUAAUAUAUUUGCAGUAGUCUUCUAAACUGUAUAUCUCAUACAUAUUCAAAUAUAC